CCAUUAGCGCGAAAACACUCUCCGUUACUGCAGUGAAUGAACAAAUGAAAACACUGUUGCGAUGUGUUAAAAAUAAAAAAAAAAAUAAAAAAAUCACACGAUAACGCAUCGAUCAUGCAUUCUUCAUCAGUCAAGGUUUAGAAGAGACAUUUAGAGUCAAUCAUGACAGAAAGAAGCAUUUCCACUGCAGUCCUUAAAGAUGUGGUUGCGUAUGUUGACGUGUGGUCUGCCAGCAGGAUGGAGGAUUAUUCGGAUCCAUUCAUCCAGCAGCUGCAGGACAUGGGUGCAGAGGUAUCUAAGACACUCAACAAACAAGUGACCAACGUAGUCUUUAAACAUGGCCGCCCGUCCACAUGGAAGAAAGCCCAGAAAAUGGGUGUGAGGAUUGUGUCCGUCCAAUGGGUGGCAAGAUGCAAAGAAAGUGGAGAACAUGUAGAUGAAGAUCUUUUCCCUGCUCAGAAUGAAGAUUCCAAACGUCAUUUUCUAAAUAAAAGAACACACCGUUGCAUGCAGCCAAGAGAUAUUCCUGUGAAAACCCUUGAUAAUGACAGACGUAUGAAAAAAAAAUUAGACAAGAUGAUGGAAGGCCUUAUCUCCUCAUCCCCUGUCGUUUCUGACAUGUCACCAUUCAUUAUUGACGAGGAGAAUGGAAUAGUGUACAGUCCCUCUUUAAAGCGCUCUGACAGCAUGGCUCAGCGUUUGAGAGAAAUGAGAGCUCAACGUGAACAUCUCUCACCCACUGCCUCACAGAUGCAGGACAGCGGCUCAGGAUCUGACGUGUCUUUGAGACCCUCUCUGGGUGCCUCACCAACUCUCUCUUUCUUGCAACAGUUAGAGGAUGAGCCUUUGGAAGAGCCUUUGGAUUGUUUAUCAACUUCUCAUUAUUGCUCCUCAAAGAACAGAGAUGAAAGGGAGAACCAAAACAGGAAUAAAAAGACAACAGCAAAAAUAGCUAGUAAAAAAGUUAACAAAACACCUCCUGAAUCAAACACACUGGCCAUUUGUACACUGUCCAGUGUUGAAAGAAAUCCUAAAGACCCACCAUUAUCUACAAAAAGAUCAAGAAGAACCUCAGUGAACAAUACUGGAGGAAAGAAUCAGGCCACUUUAGUGAGUUUCAUUAAUAAAACGUCAUCCGAAAGUGAACAAAACUCACACCUCAAAUCUCAAUCUGUAACCGAAAAUGCUGGAAUGUCUAGAGGUUCAUUUUGCGGUCCUGAAAGACCCGUAAAUUCCUUGCCUGAAAACCUCGUUAAAACGAGUAACGUCAAAGUGCAGACCAACUCCAAACGUGCCAACUCCAGGAAGUCCUCUCCAGCAAGCAGUUUUGACACGGAAAAUGAAAAUGUUGCACAAAAAAGUGAUCCAGGAACUCCCAAGCCUGUUCCUAAAAUCUCCAAGUCUCGACAAACUAUUUCUGCAUUGCAUUCAGCAGACUUGUUUGAUAAUCCUCCUAGUAGAGAUGUUGAUGAUGGUGAGGUGUUUGAAGACUUCUUCUUGCUGGCCAACAACACCACCACCAAACUGAGGGUCAUUUUAUUUGGCUCGACCUCAGAAGCACAACCCCUGCCAACUUUUGACCUGGAGGAUUCCAACAAGAAGAAGAGCAAGGGUGACUCCAUAACAUCACAUAGUAGAAAGCGAAAACACGAAAGUAUUGAUCUCAAAGACAUAUUAAUUGGCUCAUCGAGAGAUAAAAUAAAGGAAACAUCCAUCGUCCCCGAGACGCCUGAAGCAAGGCCUCUGUGUUUGUCCGUGGGGAUGUCUGAGGUACCCGAGACGCCCGCAGUUGAGGAAAUAAAACUUGAGCCUUCGGCAAAGAAAAAAAGACGAUGGACCAGGCUGAGCUCUGUUGUUCUCUCUGAAGGGGAAUAUGGUAAAAGCUCAGUUAAGCCAAGUCCUGGUGAUGAAAACAAGGUAUCGACAUCCGCCUCUUUGAUGUCAUCCACAGCGGUUAAUGUCAAGAAGAAUCUUGAGCCAGACCCUAAACAUGGUACUGUCAAGAGAGCUAUGAGUUUAAAAACUGUAGGUAAAGAAAAUAAAAGCACAGCUGAUGGGCUCAAUGAAAGAAGUUUGGAAAUGUGUACCAAAUGGGCAAGUAUGAAAAAGGACAGAUACAUGAAGAAAAAUAGAUCCUUGGUAAUGACAAGCAUGCCCACUGAGAAGCAGGAGGUAGUCUUCCAGUUGGUCAGGGCUCUGGGUGGCUUUACAGUGGUGGGAAAUGUGUGUGAAAGCACCACUCAUGUGGUGUCUGGAAGCCCACGACGGACCCUUAAUGUCCUGCUGGGCAUCGCACGAGGCUGCUGGAUACUCUCCUUUGAGUGGAUCCUGUGGUGUUUGGAGCACAGGCAGUGGGUUCCUGAGGAGCCUUAUGAGUUUUCAGAUCAUUUCCCUGCUGCACCUAUAAGCCGUCUGCAGCAGCAUCUGUCUGCUGGGGAGCAUCAGCAGGACCUGUUCCAGGAUCAGCCGCUCAUGUUCGUGUCCCCACACUCCCAGCCCCCCUGCAGCAGCCUUACUGAACUCAUUCAGCUGUGUGGAGGAACCGUGUGCCGCAGUGUGCGACAGGCAGGGAUCUGUUUCGGAGAGUAUAAGGGCAAGAAACCAGAGGAAAGCCGCAGUCUGUCUGAACAGUGGGUUUUAGACUCUGUCACACAUCUCACACUACUCCCAUAUGAAAAUUAUAUCAUAGAAUGAAGAUCCCAGGAAUGUGAUACUACUUUAUGUGCAAGAAGUGGCUGACUUUUUUAAAAAAUCUGUGUAGUUACUGUCAAAUAUUUGUAUUGUAUAAUGUAUUUAGCAAUUUAAAGUAGCUCUGUUUUUUUGUAAUUGUCACAUUACUUUUAAGGGCCGAAUUUUAUGUUCUUGUGUGUUAGUUUGUGACCAGUCAUUUAAUAAAACAGACUGUAUAAACUGUGAAACAUGUUUUUAAUAAACUUCCAUGAUUACAGAACUGUUAGGCAUCACUGACAAUACCAUUCUGAUUAACUUAACUGAUGACAAAAAUGAACUUGCAUGUAUGCCAAGGGCGUAGCAGCUGCAGGGGACGUGGGGGACACGUCCCCCACACUCUUUAAAAAGGUGAUUUUUGUCCCCUGCACUUUUUCAAGCUAAACCCAUAUCGGGUUGAUAGAUUAUGAUUGAUUUGCUUUGUUCUUAUAAUGCUUAAAUCCUCUACUAAAGUCUCUUUGUAGGUCUGUAGACAUACACAUUUUAAAGGAUUAAAAUUUUCUUUUGAUCAUU